CCCAAUUCCCGGCGGCGGCCAGCCAUGAGCUGUUUGGAUGUUAUGUACCCAGUCUACGGUCCCCCCCAGCCCUACUUCGCAGCAGCCUACAGCCCCUACCACCAGAAACUCGCCUUUUACUCCAAAAUGCAAGAGGCCCCGGAGAGCGGCAGCAGCGCCGGCGCCAGCAGCUCCUUCCCCAGCCACCCCGCGGCCAGCAUCAAGGAGGAGGACUGCAGCCCCGAGAAGGAGCGACCCCCCGAGGCCGAGUACAUCAACUCCCGCUGCGUCCUCUUCACCUACUUCCAGGGGGACAUCAGCGCCGUGGUGGACGAGCACUUCAGCCGGGCGCUCAGCCAGCCCAGCAGCUUCUCGCUCGGCAGCGCCAAGGCGGCGCGGAACGCCGGCUCCUGGCGGGACGGGUCCUUCCCGAUGAGCCAGCGCAGCUUCCCGCCGUCCUUCUGGAACAGCACGUACCAGCCCUCCUCGGUCCCCGCCACCCUCAGCAGCCCCCUGGCAGCUGCCGCCCACAGUGAGCUGCCCUUCGCCGCCGCCGCCGCCGACCCCUACGCGCCCGCCUCGCUGCACGGCCACCUGCACCAGGGCGGCCCCGAGCCCUGGCACCAUGCCCACCACCACCACCACCACCACCACCACCACCCUUACAUCGGGACACAGAGCACCGCCUACCCCCGCCCCGCCGCCAUGCACGAGGUCUACGGGCCCCACUUCGACCCCCGCUACGGCUCGCUCCUGGUGCCCACCGCCUCCGUCCGCCCUCACCGCCUCACCCCCGCCUCCGUGCCCACCCCGGUCAGCCCCCCCUGCGAACUGGGCAAGAGUGAGGCGGGCGCCGCCGCGGCCUGGACGACGCCGGGACCCUUCCCCAAUGCAGCAGGGGACAUGGCACAGAGCCUCGGCCUCAAUGUGGACGCAGCUCGCCGUUACUCCUUCUGUGGUGGAUCCCUUCUGAGCUGA